AUGGGGUUUCGCUUCUCCUUAGCCCGAACAGGCUAUGGUAAGACGACUGUCGACUGGGAAAAUAUGUUUACCAGCGUUUCGGCCUUGUUUCUUGUGUUGAUGCUGUCCGGACUGGUAGCUGGGAAACUUUACAGUCACAACUCAAUCGGAGUAGCAUUUUGGAAGAAAGGUGCUUUCAAUGCGUCUGCCCAGCACCACCCUCAGCAUGCAAAAAGACCCAAGGGCGAGGCGGGAGGAUAUAAAGUCCAAUUUCCGCCUUCUCGCCGGCGAGCCAUUGCCGCCGGAAGCAUCGAGGGAACCCAUGAAGUUCGCGAUCUGUUGAAAGGCCCCAGUCCAACACAGAUCCAGCUGGAAACUUGUCAACUUCCGACGACAAGGGCUGCUGAUAUUGGCAAAGACGGUCAAUACACUCCCACCGGAUUCUCCACGGAGGAUAUCAAAGCACUCGGGACAUUCCCUGAUUACUCUGCCUUGAGUGGCGUGCCUCAUCCGAAACCCUGCUCCGGCUUUGAUAUUAAUACGGCGACCUUCCGGCCUUUUCGGCCCUUCAGAUUUGCUUAUCAUCAGACCAUGUCACUUAUGAAGUUCGAACCUGAUUUCUGGAUUGAACUGGAAAAGAACUAUUUCGAGCGGUUAGAACAACGCAAACAACUCUGGAAGCAGCACGGAACCGAUGUCUUGAACUACAAUCCAGGUUCAGAGCUUGCUUGCCGAGAACUGAUGGAGAUGGUGUUGCAGUACGUUUGCAUCCGCUAUUCCAGUCACUUCGCGCUGGAGGACUCAAACAGCAUCUUCGUCAAUCGGCUGUUGAAGACAAGAACUCCGGUAAACUCUCAACAUCCGCUACACAUCCUCUUUGACAACAUCCCGGAGGAUUUUGCCAUUAUGCUGCGCAGUGAAGAGGAUGGCAUGUACUACCUGAAAGCCGGAUUCAUAUGCUCUUCUAUUGGCUGGACUUUUGGAACUCACAACAAUCGACAAUUGCGGGCGAUUCACACUGAGGUCAAUGAUUACGAAGAAAAGAUGUCCAAGUCGAUGGAUCGGUUUUUCUCUAAGAUGCCUGUAGAUCAACCCAUUCAACGUGGCUCCUGGUUUGUAGAAGAUUGGCAACCGCUGUUCGUCACGCCUGAAGAGUUCGCUCGGAAUGCUGGCACGCGCCAUCAAGGCGAGAAUGUUGGCAUUGAUCAGUGUUAUUUGCGUUGCGACUGGCAAACCCUCCGUCGGUUGCCUCUGUCUGGCGCCGUUGUGUUCAAUUUCAAAGCCGUUUUUACGCCGAUGCAGGAGCUCCGAGACGAGCCCUACAUCCCGUCGCUGCUAUAUAAGCAGAUCACAGCAGGGAAACCUUUGCUCACCGAACCCAAAGUCCAUCCACACAUUCGACCUGUGGUCCUGGAGGCACUGCAGGCGUGGAGGAAGGAGCAGGUAGAAAAGGGCGUGAUCAGUGCAGACUGGGUGGAAGAAACUCUGGCCGAGUCACCAUUUUACCCGGGCUGGGAAGAACUUUGGCGUAAGAAGAUUGGUUUCGACAUCUGA